AUGGCUACUUCUUCGACAACAAGGGACUCCGUACUUGAAUUGCAAAAGGAAAGUGGUGACGCUACAGACAUGAUCCAGCAAGAUCUAGUGGAAUCAACAACUGAUGAAUUAUUUAAUGAAUUAAAAACUGAAAAAUUGUCCAAUAUUGAUGAUACUUUUAUUGACGCCUCAGAAACAAAUGAUACAACUGUUAGCUGUGUUCAAAAAUCAGAUGCCAUUGAAAGACCAAAACAAGAUAUUAUUAGCCAAUUGUCUCCCGCUAUGAUUAAUGCAUUGUUUGAAAAACCUUAUGAUAGACAAUUCAUCAUAAACAUUGAAUCGUUGAUUGUAAACUUUAUAGAUUCAAACGAUACUAAUUUGAAUUUGAAUCCUAUGAAUUCUUAUUAUAGACUAUUAUCUCAUCAGAUUGCACAAUAUCACAAUUUAAAACAUAUCUUGAAAAAAUUUAAUACAACAACUAGUAAUGUCGAUAAUAGUUUUUUAGUAUUGUAUAAGCCUACAAGGGAAGAUACGCUUGAGCUUAAUUCGAAAAAUUCAAAAGAAGCAGAUAUACCACUUGUUAUCUCUCCUACUCUUCCAUUAUUAAAAGAUUUAGUCUUACCCUCAUCCAGUCCCAACUCUGAUAACACUAGUAAUACUGUUUCUAAUUCAUCUGAUUUACCCACUGGUAGUUCAUCUUCAUCAAAUAAUAAUGCAACAUCAUUUACUACUUCAUCCAAAAAAUUUAAAAUUUUGAAAAGACAAAAUUCAAGUAAUACCAAUAUCUCAGGAAAUUCAACUGACACUAAUGAUACGACAACUGAUACAAUAAUACCCAAUAGUAACAACGCUACUAUAACUAAUGACAAUACUACUACUGAAUUGAGUUCAUCUUCUCAAACGUUAAACAAUACAGCAAAUUCUUUAGAAUUACAAAGGAUGGAAAAGGAAAAAAAUUACGAAAAAUUAAAACAAAAAAUCUUUGAUUCAAAUAAUAAAUUAAUUAAUUCAAGUUUUAAUACUUUAGAAUCAGAAAAUAAUAACUUAACAGCAGGAGCACAUAGCUCUUCUCCACAACCAUUUGAUUUCGAAACUUCAAGAUUUAAGGAUCAAUUAAAUGAAGAUGAAUAUUAUUGUAGAAAUAAUACUAAUACUAAUAAUAAUAAUGUAAAUUCUACAAAUGUAGACAAAAAAAUAAAUAAUACCAACGCUUCUACUUCACAAAUUAAUACCAGUGCUAAUUCGACAUUAGAUUCUUCUAGUAAUAAUUCCACUUUUUCAUUGAAUAAUUAUUCUGAUAUUUCAACAACCCCUAUUUCAAUAAAUAAUUCAAAUAGCAAUAACAGUAGUAAUUCAAAUACUAUCAUUACUACUGGACACAAUAAUUCAACUACUAACAAUAUGCAUAAUAAUAACGUUAAUAUCACUACUAAUAUCACCAAUAAUAAUAAUGCUAGUAGUAGUAACAACAACAAAAAUAAUAAUAUUAAUAACUCUUAUCAUCAUAAGUAUAAGAAACGUUAUAAUAAUAAGAUAAAAAAUUUAAAUUAUAUGAAUAAUACAAUGAAUAAUAAUGGCGUACCAUUAAUGCCUUACUCGCCUCAAGGCUAUGCACCAGUAUAUCAAAUGUCAAUGUCUCCUUAUUCAAAUUCACCAACACAACAGCAACAACAACAACAAAUGCAAAUGCAACAACAUCUAUCUAAUAAUUUUUAUUCUACUAAUAAGAAUAAUGUUAAUAGUAAUUCAAUUCAUCCCUAUUACCCAUCUAAUUAUAAUUAUCCAAAUUCUAACCCAAAUAUCUACAAUAAUGGAUCAAAUUCCAAUUCCAAUGUUCAUAAUAAUAAUUCAGGAAAUUAUUCAUAUCCAUUUAUUAUACCGUACUAUAAUAAUGUAAAUGUGGGAAUGAAUUAUAUGUAUCCAACGAAUAUGGUUCCACCCCCUCAAUUUGCUAUGAUACCACCUCCUUAUCCAAUGGCAAUUCCACAUCCAAUGCCAUAUCCUCCCCCACCGGGGCCAAAUAAUUAUUCAGCUCCUUAUUUGAAUAGUAAUGGGAAUGGAAAUGGGAAUAGUAUGAAUACGCAACGAAUGAAAACAAUUAAAGACUCAAGACAGUAUAAUAAUGCUACUUUUACUGCUAACGCAAAUAAUAAUAAUGGCAGUGAUAUUAGUACUGAUGAGCAAGUGGAUAAGCUAAGUAAUGAUUUUAAAGAUUUAUCAGCUUAA